UAAUUAAUUAAAACCACGUUUGAAAUCCGGUCUGAUCAUUGUCUCACUCUCUCUGACAAGUGACAGUCUCCACUACACAGUACAGUCACUAAAAGCUCAACUCUUGUCUCUCUGUUGCUCUCGAGCUCCGACAGAAGCUUUCUCUAGAGAGACGUUACUUUAGAUUCCCACACCAACGGCUACAAUUACGUUACCGUUUUGUUUCAUUUCAUAAAACUGGACAAGAGUGAAAAAAAAAAAGUUAUCUUUGUGAAAUUUUAGCUUAAAAAAAGCUUGUGUAGCUCAGCUUUGAAGAGCAAUGGAUGGAAGAUUUAAGCAUGUUUUUGCCGUCUUAUUGGUUCUUACUCUUCUGGGCUUCUGUAGAGGAAGCAAAAUAGGAGUGUGCUACGGGAGAAAUGCCGAUGACCUUCCAACACCGGAUAAAGUUGUGCAGCUUGUUCAACAACAAAACAUUAAAUCUUUGAGGAUUUACGAUUCCAAUAUCCAGGUUCUCAAGGCCUUUGCAAACACUGGGGUUGAGCUUAUGGUUGGAGUUCCGAAUUCAGACUUAUUGGCACUGUCUCAAUUUCAGUCCAAUGCAGACUCCUGGUUGAAGAACAGCAUUCUUCCUUACUACCCUGCCACAAAAAUCACAUACAUAACAGUUGGUGCUGAAGUUACUGAGGCGCCUAAUAAUGUCUCAGCGCUAGUCGUACCAGCUAUGAAUAAUGUCCUGACAGCCCUGAAAAAGGUUGGCUUGCACAAAAGGAUCAAAGUUUCAAGCACUCAUUCUCUUGGGGUUUUAUCUCGUUCAUUCCCACCAUCUGCUGGGGCUUUCAACAGCAGUCAUGCAUUUUUUCUGAAGCCCCUAUUGGAAUUCCUUGCUGAAAACCAGUCUCCGUUCAUGAUUAACAUUUACCCUUUCUAUGCUUAUAGAGAUUCUCCAAGCAAUGUAACUUUGGACUAUGCUCUUUUCGAGUCAUCCUCAGAUGUGAUCGAUCCAAAUACUGGUUUGCUCUAUACUAACAUGUUUGAUGCCCAGAUUGAUGCCCUUUAUUUUGCCUUGAUGGCUCUAAAUUUCCGAACAAUCAAGGUUAUGGUAACCGAGACAGGUUGGCCGUCCAAAGGGUCAGCGAAGGAGACAGCAGCUACUCCUGAUAAUGCUCAGACUUACAACACCAAUUUGAUCCGCCAUGUCAUCGAUAACUCAGGUACUCCUGGGAAGCCUGGAGAACCGGUAGAUAUUUACAUAUUCUCGUUGUUCAACGAGAACAGAAAACCUGGCCCGGAAUCUGAGAGGAAUUGGGGAUUGUAUUAUCCGGGCGGGACGAGUGUCUACAAUUUGGAUUUUACAGGAAAAGGCGUUGUUGAUGUGCCAAGUAACACCAAUGUUACCAGUUUUAAUGGAACAAAAACAUGGUGCAUUGCUUCAAAUAAUGCUUCUCAACUUGACUUGCAGAGUGCCUUAGAUUGGGCAUGUGGCUCUGGGAAUGUGGAUUGUUCUGCCAUUCAGCCUAGCCAGCCAUGUUUUGAGCCAGAUACUCUAGUUUCACAUGCUUCCUUUGCAUUUAAUAGUUACUACCAGCAAAAUGGAGCUAGUGAGGUUGCUUGCAGUUUCAGUAACACGGGUGUUACGGUUGACAAAGAUCCAAGCUAUGAUAAUUGCUUGUAUUUGACCACAGGGAGCAACAAAACAGCAACCAGUAACACAACAGCAAUUGCUUCAACUUCGCCGUCCUCCUCCUCCCGGCCGCAUAAUGAAGUUUCUGCAUGGACUUCUGGUUUCCUGCUUAUGACUUCCAUUGUGCUUCUGAAGAUUCAAACUGCAUAAGCAAGCUUGAUCUGAAAGCAUGGUAUAAUGCUAUUUUUGCUGCAUAGAGAUGAGAAUUUUCCCAUUGGUAGUUAAGGAUGUGUAAGAUAUGUGGAUGCUGUUAGUUUUGUACAAUAUUUUAGAGAUGGUGUGUGAAUUAAUUUCAUUAUAAUCCAUCUAUUGGUUCACAGCAUUCUGUGUACCGGUAUUAUUUUUGUUAA